UUAUCAUAGUCAUUUGGCCCUCACUGUUUAGAAGAUGUUUACAGGCCUGAUUUUAUCAGACCCAUAUGAGCAUUUUUCUCUUGUGACUCAUGACCAGACUGCCAAACACCACCAGAUUUAAGGGAGUAUUUAUCAUGGGAAUGACUGAUAUAUUGGGACUGAGGCUGCUUAUCUUUGGACUUGUUUUCAUUGUGGAUUCUUCAGUUUCGGCGCCAGAUGAAUGCCAGCAGGAGACGACCAGGCUGCGCUCCCAGCUGAGGGCACUGGAGAGCCGUGCGCUGAGGCAGCAGGAGCUCAUCGAGCAGCUCCGCAGCCGCCAGGCAGAGGCGUCCCUCAGCGAGGACAGCCUGGUCGACCUGGGCGAGCUGAAGGACUACGCAGACUGUGCUCAGAUCUACAACGAUGGGAACAAAGCAAGCGGGUUUUACAUGAUCAAACCACUGCAUGCCCCCUCGAAGAUUAAAGUGUACUGUGACAUGAGCGAUGGAGGGGGCUGGACCGUCUUUCAAAGGCGAUCUGACGGGAGCGAGCGCUUUGAUCGGGAUUGGGCUGAUUAUAAGAAAGGCUUCGGAAACAUGCAGUCUAACAGUGGAGAAUUCUGGUUAGGAAACGAUAACUUGCAUUAUUUAACUUCACAAGGUGAUUACGAGCUCAGAGUCAACAUGGCAGACUUUGAUGAUAAUCAACGCUAUGCAGUGUACAGAAGUUUCAAAGUUGCCAGUGAAGAGGACAGCUACCAGCUGGCGUUCGGUAAGUACUCUGGGUCUGCGGGAGACUCGCUAGCCGGCGGCUACCAUCCGGAGGUGCAGUGGUGGGCCAGUCACCAGGGCAUGAAGUUCAGCACGCACGAUCGCGACAACGACCGCUACGAACGCAACUGCGCCCGCGAGGACAAAGCCGGCUGGUGGUUUAACAGAUGUCACUCUGCCAAUCUGAAUGGCUACUACUACAAGGGCCCGUACAGCUCAGUGACUGACAACGGGAUUGUCUGGUACACAUGGCAUGGAUGGUGGUACUCCUUGAAAUCUGUGGUGAUGAAAAUCAGGCCUGAGAAUUUUGAGCCGAAUGAGGUGUAAACAUGCUCUGAAUGCACUUCCACCAUAAUAUCAGCGUGAGAUCUUUGUUUUCAAAAUAAAAGUAUUCAUUAUGCAUAACACAAUGUGUUUUCUUAGGUUUACGUCCCCUGAGUUUCUAUUCACAUGCUUGACCAGGUGGUGGUCUAACUCCAGAAGUCACAAAAUUUAAUCAGAAUUCAUAUUACAUAUAGAAAAUGCAUUUCAGGUGUCUUGAUGUCUGUCAUCGACUACUGCCUGUUCUAACAUUGUUUGAUUGAAACCCUUGGUAACUCUAGAUCCAUAUAAAAUAUUCAAUGUGUAAUGAUGUAGUGUUAUUGGAAAUAUUAUUCUGCUCUCCGAUUGACAGAAUCAUGACAUUGCUAAGAGCCCAUCCUGUUUGUUUGUUUGUGUGUGAAAAAGGACAGUUAUCCAGAUUGAGUCAUUCAUAUGUUCGCCUGCCUUAACAAACCAGAUAAGCACUUGCAAGCACAGGUUCAGGCACGCACUGUCAACUGCACAUUAAUUAUGAGAAUACACGUUUUAGUGCUUGCAAUGAUAUAAAAGACACCUGUAUACUACUGUGUAAAAUUAGAAACUGAUUAAGACACUUUGUGUUUAUCCAGUAACUGUUGCAGAGGUCAAAUUAAUAUGACAAAGCAUCGCAAUGGCUGAAGCACUAUGAAUUCAUUUUAUAUGUUCUUUAAACCUUUUCUUAAAAUAGUGGCAACAGAAAGACACAAGCAUCAGAGUUGUUAUUUUUCCAGCAUGAUAUCCUGAAUCAACGAACCAGAUAUCCUGAUCCUGAUGUCAUAUUUCCUUUUUCCUGAUCUGGCAAAAUGCACUUGAAACAGGUUUCAGGGGUGUGACUAUUUCAAUUCCACUUUCUGAGUAAGCAUUCAAAUAAAAUUCAAAUGUUUACAAUAAUAAGAGGCCUGGUUUCUAUUGUGUUAUAUAACUUAUAUCCCAGGAAUUAUAUGCUUGUGUGAAAAGUAUAUUGUGAAAGUAUCUCUAUCCUAGUUUAUUGGCACUCAAUAUAUAAUAUAGCUCAGCUAUGGCAUGUACAUUCAUUGGACCUGUGUUAAAUAUGUCACAAUGAUAUUUUGCAAGAAGAAAAGAUUGCAGAGACAGUCCACACAUAAAGAUGGCUUUCUUACUUGGCGGUGCUGAAUCUGGAAUGAUUAAAGAUCAGUUGUUCCUCAUGUUCAAAACGCUGAAGUGAAGACCACCCGAGCAAUGCAGUAGUAGGGCCUCCAUAUGUCCGAAGCCCUGCUACCAUAAAGUAACAU